AGACUAUUAAAGCUCGAGUAAAUUAAAUAAUGUUCUUCUUAGCUCCAUCCACAUUAGAUUUUGGCAAACAUCUUCUGAAUUUUAAGAAUAUGAAAAAUUUUACAUAGGAUAUAAUCAUUGAUAUGAAAAAAAUUAAUAAAAUAAAGAAAGACCGGUCCAAGGCAACCAAAAUUCGACUUGACUCUUUAGAAACAAAGCCUAUAAAAUUAGAAGAAUCGAAAUCGCCCAAAAAAUAAGAAGCAAAACUCUCCGAGAAAUCUCAAGAAGAGUAUUCAGGUAAACCUCCCUGAAAUUCCGCUGAAAAGUCCUUCCGAGCGUAGGAAGUCUGAGUCCAAGAGCCCCUUGAACAUCAGCACAGAUCUUGUAAAUCACUUCACCAAUGGAUUCACAGCUCUGAAGGUAUCAAAGAAGGAGAAACCGAUCUUAAAGGGAGUACAAAGUGCUGUAGCAACUCCUAAAGUGAAGAAAGUUACGAAGAUCUUUACAAAUUCUCACUUAUCUAAACUUUUCAAGAAUGCUGAAAUUAAGAAAGUAAAACAGAAAGUAUUCGAAAGAGUCGAGUGUCCUUUUGAAAACAAGAAUAUAAAGAAAUCUCUAGAUUCAUCUUGGAUAUUGCCAACCAUAUCUUCACCAAAGAAGAAUAAUAGAAGUGUUGGCAGGGUGGCUCCGUCAACCCAAAGAGACAAUGAGACUAUUAAUGAGGAUCAUAAUUAUACUAAAGUUAGCAUUAAAAUUAGAGAUACACAAGUUAAUUUCUUUAAAAAUAGUCUCUCCCAUGUGUGGAAAAGUAAAGAAGCCAAUUCUAAUAGAGUUAACAAAUCCAUUUCAGUGCCAAAGCACCGUAAAAAUAAUGAUUCUUUAAGAACCAAAGAAAUAGUCAAAGGAAUGGAGAAAUUUCAUAACAAAAUGGACAAAAAGUGUAAUAAAACCCAAAUAGCUGAAAAAGCUUUGAGUCACUCUGAUAGCUCUAAACUUCCUAUUUAUUACAACAAAAAGUGUUAUAGAAGGAAAUAAAGCUGAAGACACCCAAAAUUCAAUCUUUUCAUUAGAUAUUUGAGAAAAGACUCCAAGAAAAUAUCAGAGCGAAGUGCCAAUUUUCAAGUCUCUUGAUCAAAAUUCUUCAAUGGUGGUCAAACCAUACUGGCAACAGAAAUCUUUGAAUUUUAAUUUGAAGAAUUUGACUUCUUUGAAGAGCCAAACCUAUAUGUUUAGUAAGAUCGUAAAGGACCAGGCCUCGGCUAUUCAGAAACAUGAUAUAUCGCAUCAGUGAAGGUAUAAGGCUAGUUUUAUGAAGAAUUUUAGUUAAGAA